GGAAAUAAGAUGGCCCGUCCAAGGUCGUUGUUGACAGCGGUGCCCGAGUCCGAGUCGGUUCUGGCUUGGCGGUCUUUAAGCGUUUCAUAUGUCAAGACUCAUAAUUCAGACUCGCUAAAGCCUGCUGUUAACUGUCGCCGACGAAGGCGAGGCCGUAGACCAAGAAUGUGUGCGGGUCCAAGUGGGGCACCUCCCGCGCCCGAGAUAAGCCAGCAGGGCUCCGAAUCCCAUCCUAGCGAGCAAUCCGCACGGUCUGGCGGCACAGCGACUACACGGGACGUCAUGGCCGUGGGUUCGCUGUUUUCCCGCGAACGGCGCACGACCGGGGUGCUCAGCAUAAUUGAGGCCGGCCCAGAGAUCACGACCCCUACUUCUGGGUCGUCACAGCAGGUGCCAUCACAGGCGACAUCGCAGGUGCAGCCGCAGGCGCCAUCACAGCUGCAGCCGCAAGCGACUGCACAGGCCCCUGCGGCGGUGCAGGGUUCGGGCAUGUCUGCAGACUUCCACCCGACGUACCAAGCACUGCAACCGUCGACCGUCGCUUCCACAUCAUCGGGUGCAAAGAGCCUGCAGCCGCGCCUGCACUCACGACCACACCUGUCGCCGCCAAGCGAGUCCACGCCUUGGACGCAGGGUGACACCGCAGCGCCGCCGCCAGCAGGCACACCGGCGCGGACAGUCGAGGAUCGCUUGGCUGCGUUGGAGAAGUCCCAAGCUGCGUUGGAGGAGUCCGUACAGGAGAUUGUGAAGAUCCUACGCUUCAUCACGUGCUGCUGCCCGUGCAUAUAAAUGUGACGCGCAAGUGAGUUAAGGCCCACGCUGUUGGAUGCCCUUCGUGCACGUGUGCCGCGCCCAGCAUUCUCAACAGGCAUUCCCAAGCACACACCCGCGAGCAACUACAUGGCCACACACACCCGACUGCGAAGCUAGCGUGUGUGGAGCUAGACACAUGCUGCAUGCAGAAGUGUUCCUAGUUGCUAGCUGGCUGUCUACUGUGCUCGCUACACGCGUGUGCCAGGCUGCUGCUGGUGAUGGCGACGGUGUUGGGGACUCGUAUGAGUUUGGCCUGUGUUCGCUGGUUGCAUUGGCCUCCAGUUAUGGGCUUGGUGUUGCGGGAGGGUGCACAGAGCUUGCAGCCCACGGAACCCACGCAGUGCGCUCUGUUGUGGGGGUGGUUCGGUCAUUCGACAUGCUUGCAUGAGGCAUGAGGGGAAGGUAGGAAAGGGCGUGACUGCGCCGGGUGUACAGGGAUGGGUUGCUGGGUGCAUGCGGCAGAGAACUGGCACUGAACUACAUUUCGGCUGGCUGAGCGCAGGGUGCGAUUGACCACUGCAACUACUGCAACAGCUGGAUAGUGACGGGUGUGGAGCCACUGACAUGGAGAGGCCGGUGGUGAACGAGCUGAAGGCAGCAGCAGUUGCGUGCCCAUGGGGUUCACAUCGUCAGGUUGCAGUCGGCUAUAAGGAGGACACUGCAUCAUACAUCGUAUUACGGUUGGGUGCUAAAAUGCGAAUGCGACAUGCGAGGUAUUUAUGACGUCGAUAUGACUGCUGUGCCACGCCAGGGCGUGUGACCGGACACGGCGAGGGACGGUGCCGGGAAAGCUGUCUAACUUCAGGGUUAGGGUUGUUGCGGCUGUCGAGUUUAGGGCAGUGUCAGUGUGAAGCGGGUGCCUCCCGUGCUCCGAAGGGUCGAAGGCUGAUGAGUCAUUGCUAGCCGUACUCUGUUGUGCUGUACGGGUGUGAAGUACGUUGGGGCGCAGUUCUUAGAUGCCGUCAUGACGCGGCUGUGGAUUUGCGUAGCCGGAUGAGGCGAUUCCCCCUUGGGGCGCCAUUGGUUGUGUGUUCACUAGCUCGAGACAAGUUGUUCUGUCUCGAGCUCUCUGGUACGGCUUCCUAGUUGUCGAUUUCACACCUCGCUGCGCCUAUACACGGCCGGUGGUAAUAAGCGUUUAACCAACAAG